ACUCGCAAGGAAAUUAUUGUGGCAUUUCAAUUCCUAGAACCAGCAGAAAAAAGCAGCAAAACUUCUACAUCUCGCACAAGUAACUCGAGAUCUCGUUCAGUAAACAUGGACGACACGUGCGACGAUCCAGAAUUACUCCUAAAUGAGCAAGUGGAUGAACAAGUGGAAAACAAAUUGAAACUGGCUAAAUUGGAGAAGAAAGAACGAGAGGCUGGAAUUAUCUACUUUAGCAGAAUACCACCGUACAUGAGUGUAAAGAAAGUGCGACAAAUUUUCGAACAGUUUGGGGAAAUUGGACGGAUUUUCUUACAACCAGACCAGAGAACCCCAAAAGGCAAAAAGGCCAGAUUAUUUACCGAGGGAUGGCUGGAGUUUGCAGACAAAAGGAUUGCAAAGAGAGUUGCACUUUCUCUUAACAACACACAGAUUGGUGGAAAAAGAAGAUCAAGGUGGCAUGAUGAAAUAUGGAACAUUAAAUAUCUUCCCAAGUUCAAGUGGGUUCAUCUGAAUGAAAGAUUGGCUUAUGAAAAGGAGGUUCACAAGCAGAGGAUGAGGACAGAGAUUGCACAAGUGAAAAAGGAGGCCAACUUUUACGUGCAGAAUGUUGAAAAGGGUGACAAAUUUAAACGCCUGGAAAAAGCACAGAAGAUGAAAGGACAGGUGAGGAAGUGGGAAUUCACUCAAAAAGACACAGAGGACGAAAUCCUUUCCAAGAAAUCAAAACUCGAGACCAGCGAGGGCCAACUGAAAGGUCCAGUUGCUUUAAGACAGAAAAAGAAAGAAAGGAAACUCAAAGGGGACCCAAAGAAAAAAGCUGGAUUGAAUAAGUCUUUCUUAGCCAGUAUAUUUUCUGGAGGUGGAAUGUCAGAUACUUAAAUUAGAAAUGUGGAUUAUUUUAUUAUUAUUAUUAAUAAUAACUAUAUAAACCAGACACUUGGGAGAUUAAAUUUGUGAAAAGCCGAUUCAUGAAUAGUAAUUAAACAAUUUGAUACACACCAAACCAAAUGAUGGCUUUGGUUAUUUAUUCAGAAAUCCAAUAAUUGAACAAAACAGGAAAGCAAAGAACAGUUAAACAACAAAGAAUACAUUAACCACUUGAAUUUCAAACUUCUGAAAAAUGAGCUUGAUUCUUGACAGGAGGUAUAUUUUAGGGAAUGGCUUAAAAAGUCAAACCUCAUUAAAAGAUAAAACCACUGGAACAACUUAGAUGUAUGGAACAAAGAUGUAACUAUAUGUAACUCAGAACAAAGACCUGAAACAAGUGCACACUUGAAAAUAUUAAGAUCGACUUCUUUUUUUUAUUUUAAACAGUGUCAGAACAAAAAGAGCUACUUCUAUCAUGUAUUAAAACUUAAUGAACGUAUCUACAAGAAGUCUUUUGAAAGAGAAAACCCUUACACUGCCUCUGAUAACCCCCAUAUGUGAGAAUCGUAUUGCAAACUGGGUUAAUUUUGUAGAUUUAAUAUCCUACAAAAAGAAAAAUCCCUGUCUAACAUUUCCAUCAACAGCUUAACAGUAUAACCUCAUGGUACAAAUAUAUAUAACUGAUUUCUACUGAUUUAUAGUGAUUGUAGUUGUAGGCUGAGAAAAUAUUAGGAAGGCAUAUAAAUUAACAGCACCUGGGAGCAUUCCUCAAUGAUAGGUGAAAAUGUCAGUUUCAGUCCAUUAAAUCUGGGGAUAAUUUGCUGCAGAACCCCUUUACUGUCACUGGACAUGAAUUGACAUAAGAGAAAAUAUAUUCAAACACCUUCACUGGAUUGCAAUCUUAGUGUUAAACCACUUGUUUCAAGUAAAUAGCUUUUCAGAACAAAUAUUUUGAUUGUUAGCCUCCUACACAGCAGACCUUACCUGACCUUCCAUUUGUUUGUAAUUGGUGUACAACAGUAGGCAACAGAAGAAAUCCACAAGCUGAUUACAUUCCAAGCCUCCAAAUUUGUAUAUGUAUGCAUCCAUAUGCUCUGGUGUUAGGACAGCUUAAUAGAUUUUUGACAGCCUUAAUUGCAUUUUAAUUGCAUCUAUCAAUGAUUCAGUAAUACUUUAAACCAUGAUGAUCUUAAUCAUGAUAUUUAAGAUCAUCUAAAUCAUGAUAAUGAAGGUUAUUUAAACCAGCUUACUCAUCUGUACUUAUAAGAGUCCAGUGUCCAUCAAUUAUGACCAGUGGUCAAAGUAUGCCAACUUUUUAACUUGACACUUAUCUGUAAGUUUGCAAAAAAAUCGGUAUAAACAUGACUCAUCUUUUUUUCUCACAAUGGCAGAAAAAAGAAAACUGACAGUGGCUCUGUCUUAUUUGUUCCUGCCAUAGUGGUGAACAGGAAUAGCAGGUUUGAGUUUCAUAGCUCAUG